ACGUCCUAAAAUUUGAUUCUGAUGGCACUUCUUCAGUUUCUAGUUUUCAUUCUCCUUUUCGGGAGCUCAUUGAGAUUAGAAUCCAUCAUCAUCGCCGUCGCUGGUGGAAGGAUAGUAGGGAACGAGACGGAUCGACUUGCUUUGCUUGAGUUUAAGAAACGAAUUAAUGAUCCAUACAGAGCGCUGAGAUCUUGGAAUGAUACCGUCCAUUUUUGUAAUUGGGUAGGAAUCACAUGUGGCAACCGUCAUCAACAACGAGUUAUCAGCUUGGAUUUGGGAGAGAAAGGAUUGGGAGGGAACAUAUCUCCUUCCAUAGGGAAUCUCACGUUUCUGCAUUUUCUCAACAUUGGAAACAAUAGCUUCCAUGGCCAAAUUCCACAAGAAAUCGGUAAUCUGAUUCGAUUGAGAGAAAUUAACUUCAACAACAACACCCUCGAAGGAGAAAUUCCUACUAGCUUGGCCAACUGCACUCUUCUAAGAGAUAUUCACUUCUCCAGAAACAAUCUUGUCGGGAACAUUCCAGUUCAACUAUUUACAUCUUUGUCAAUGCUGGAGCACAUUUCCAUUAAUUAUAAUGGCUUAACUGGAGAAUUACCAGCUUCUUUUGGUAACAUUUCCUCCUUCCUCCAAACUAUUUCUUUGGUUGGAAACAGACUACAGGGGAAGAUUCCAGAAUCACUUGGUCAGCUUACAAACUUAUACUACCUAUCACUUGCUCUAAACAACCUAUCAGAGUUUGAAUUUAUCCUUCAAUAAUCUUGAGGGGGAGGUACCAACAAAAGGAAUCUUUGGGAAUGCAAGUGCAAUCUUUUUGAAUGGAAAUGACAAGCUUUGCGGGGGAGUUGUGCAGUUACAAUUGCCUGCAU